ACAUCCAUUAUUCAGACCCAAACUAUCCUGUAUGUGUCAUGCGGUUGCUCAUCAUUCAGCUUGUCCUCAAACGGUGACGCCGGACAUUGAGAAGCAUUUAAAGCCAUGGGCCUUUCCAGGAAGGUUUGGAUCAGACACGCAACAGGUGUUUGGUAUUGCAAGUUGUGUUGAUGCUUUGUUAUUGGAUUCCCAGUUUAUCUCUCCCUGGUUUUACAUGAUAUAGGCUCUACUCCGUACGUAUGGCGGAACAAUCCUUACAUCCUUCCCAUGACAUUGUCCGAAGCGGGUCUUGUCUCUGCGGCCAUGUUAAAUACCAGCUCACUGGCGAGCCAAGCAAUGCCUCACUCUGCCACUGUCUCAACUGCAAGAAAACUAGCGGUUCAGCAUUCUGGUGCACAGGGUGGUUUUCCAAGAAGCAAAUGACCCUCACAGCUUCCUCGCCCUCCGACCUUAAAACAUACGAAGAUAGGGAUACAGAGUCCGGAAGUCCGCUGUGGCGCAAAUUCUGCUCCAACUGCGGUUCUACACUAUUCGUUGAGUCACCGAGGGCAGACGAUGUCAUUGUAGUGGCACUUGGCUCGUUGGAUAAGGAUCAGAAACCCUGGAACACAACAAUCGAGGUAUAUGCGAAAGACGAUUAUGGCUGGGUGCCGCAGAAAGAAGGCGUCAAGGUUUUCCAAGGAAAGAUGGAAAGGAUUUGACCCAGAGAGGAGGGAGGUCAGAGUCGGAAGACCAAACUUCCACCUUGUAUAGAUAUAUUCAGAAUUAAUUUUAGCAAGUUCAAAUGAGC